AUGGCGAGCCUUAGCCAUGGUCAGCUGUUGGUGCAUGCAGUCCGAGUGCUGGACACAUACAAUAGAGACAUGCAGUCAGUUGAAGAGCAUGUUAACAAAUACCUCAAGCAACAAAAGGUAUAUGAUGAUGGGGACCAAACAUUCAUAGUGGAAGUCUUUUCAAAUUGUAUCCGUUACUGGGAUCUCAUGAGAGUCAUAACAGAUGGAUUUUUUGUGAAAGAUGGGAAAAAUGUACUUCGGUCAGAAGAAAACUUGUACAUAGUAACUAGUUACCUGGCAUUCUUUAGGCUGGAUGAGUUGGGUGUGGCACACUUCAGAAAAUUUGUCAGUGCUCAGGAUAUCAACAAAAUGUAUAGAUUUCUUAAUUUUUGCCUGAAUGAGAGGAAUUUACUUACAUGGAUGAAGGAUGGCUGGGAGAAGUUUUAUGAACAUACUUUUGUACAAACAAACAUCUUGUCUCCAAUACAGAGAUGGAUGCCAGAACUUCAAGAAAUGUUGAGUCAUAUGAAAGCCAAAAUAGACAACAAACUUAAACCUAGGCGAAAAACCACACCUAAAACAGAAACUAAGCCUUUUGACAUCACACAGCCUAGACCAAGAAGUAUCCCAAUACCAGAACCAAUUCCAAAACUUCACAAACAUAAGCCUCCUCCCCGUUCACUGUAUGAUGAUCCAGAAGAAUUUGAUGUCCUCAAGAGGAACAGGGAUGUUAAUAGGAGAAGAGCAGAGGAGAGGCUAAUGGAAGCUUCCCGCAUUCAGUUUGCCUGUGCAAAUCCAGAAAAGUCGGACAAGACAAAAGAAAUAUGGAACAACAUUAUCAGUGAGGAAGAAAGUAAACUGGACUUUGAGAGACACAGAGCGAAACCAACACCAUCAUUCCUGUCUACAGCCGCCACUUUAAUGAAAUCAGAACGUGGUGUGACCCGUCGCCGGGUUCGAGCGAUUAGUAAAGAAGUUCCAUUUAAGAUGAAUACCACUGCCAUUCUGAGGGAAGGGCACCUGUACUCACAGAGAGAAGAGAAAGAAAUCAAAUGGUUGGAAAAUUUGGAAGCUGGGGCAAAGGAUAAAAGUGAAUUUGAAAAAUGGCAAAACAAAAUGAAAACACAAGACCUUGAACAGGAAUUAGCUGCCAUUGAACGGCGUCGAUUGGAAGGAAAACUGAGCCAUGAAGAGGCUAUUCUGGCACGACAGAAUGUCAUUCGGUCAAACAAACAAAAGGUUCUCAGUCACCGAGAGGAGACAAAGAAAAUGUUUGAUGAAUAUCUGCAGCAGAAGUUUAAGGAAGAACAGGAAGUGAGACUGUUAGUGGAACAGACAUUACAGGGCCAUAGAAAUGCAAAAGAUGCCACGAAGAAAAUACAAGAAAUCAAGAGAAAAAUUGUUCAGGAUGUAAAUGAGGAGAGUCGUGAUCUGAUGAAACAGGCCAUAGAGGAGGCAGAAGCUGAUAUGAGGAGGCGAAUGGAAUUAAUUCACCAGAUCCGUGCUAUGGAGGCUGUUCCAAUCAUUCGGCAAAAGUUUGUUGACCUCACUGCGACCUCUGGUCAUGGACUACUCAGUGAAAUGUCAAUCGCAGAGCUCCGUGAACGUAUGUCUUUACUGAAGACAGCUGAGGAGGAAUUAGAGGAACAAAGAAGAGAUGAUAUUUUAGCCACAAAACAGGCAAAAGACCAGAAACUUCUUGACACAUUGGAGACCAUUUCACGUCAUCGCCUGGAGCAGACCAAGUCAGCAGCCAUUAAGUUUGAGAAGCGUAAGAAAGGGGAGCCUCGACCACUUCAGGUUAAGGAUGAAAAACUCACGGAGUUGGAGCGGAGGUUGGAGGAACGUAAAGCUAUGAGGAAACGUGAACAACAGAGUGCAAAGAUCACUGCUAGUCGCACAGCUGCAAACCGAACUCAGAACCUCAUAAGUCAGAAGAAAGCACUAGAGGAAAAUCGCUGGAAAGAACUGGAAAUGACUCGAGAACGUACAGCUAGAAUUAUGAAUGAUGGACUCCAGAGUAAAUCUGCAAACAGACUAGCAGUUAUGUGAUAAAACAAAUGCACACUUUAUAUCUAUAUAUAUCACAGUAUAUUAAGAAAGUCCUCCUCAUUCUGGUUUUAGAUCAUGUACUGGCCAUAUAUGGGAUACAUUGUCACAUGAUCAAACAUCCUGUGUUAUCCGUUAUUGAUCUUGCCAAAUGCAGCUGAUACAUAGAAGAGCACAGACUGCACCAUGGCUCAAUUCAUAGUGCAGCCCAUACUAGAGGACCAACACAAUUAAAAUAUUUUGAAGAAGUUUUAAUAGACCACAUGUUACCGAAAGGUGACAUUCAAUACAUAAUACAGUAUUAUCAA